GUUUUUGUUUUUUAUUUUUAACUCGGACCCAUCAAAUUUAACAGCAAAUGUGCGACAACCAAAAUGUGGCUGAAUACAGAAGCCUGUUCAAGUGCAAUAAUAACACGGUGGUAAUGCGGAAUACUUAAUAAAUAAUAAUAAAAGACAACGUUUUAAAGAGCGAUAAAUACGUCAAAGGGAUAAAUAAUAACGUGCAUAAAAGAAAAAAAAAAAAAAAACAGACGAGCCGAAAUCAACGAUCGAGGGAUUCAGGACGAGGACGCGAGUUAAGGCAGUUAAGGAAUCGCAGCCGGAAUCCUUCAGCCACCAGCCUCCAUCCUAAACAACCGCCACAUCCUCCAGUAAUCACCAGCAACAGCCAUCGGACUCGCGAGCUAAAUGUCCAGUUGCCGCUAUCGUUCCAUACGGACGGCGUGUCACUCCCGACAAAUGCGUAUUGUGGUUGACCUUGUUUAAUAUAAUUAUGGCCGAGCGGUCGUUACAAAAGUAUCAGAAAUUGGAUACAGUGACGGUUGGAAGCGGCUCAGGAAGUAGUGCAAGCAGAGCAUCAACAGGACUCCUUAGGCGGGGGGCACUUGGGUCGAAAGGGAGCCCAUCGCUUAGCUGAUAGAAUGGGUGGCCCGAAAAAAGAGGAAAACCCACCAGGUGGUGGUCCGACGUCAUUGUUUAUUCUAACCGAGGAUAACCCAAUUAGAAAGUACACACGAUUCAUCAUAGAAUGGCCGCCCUUUGAAUACGCUGUGUUAUUGACAAUCAUAGCCAACUGUGUUGUGUUGGCACUAGAGGAGCACUUGCCAGGGGGCGACAAGACAGUAUUGGCUCAAAAAUUGGAAAAAACGGAGGCCUAUUUUUUAUGCAUUUUCUGUGUAGAAGCGUCGCUCAAGAUCCUCGCCUUAGGGCUUGUUCUGCAUAAACACUCCUAUCUCAGGAAUAUUUGGAACAUCAUGGAUUUUUUCGUUGUAGUUACGGGAUUCAUGACACAGUACCCACAAAUAGGGCCCGAGGUAGACCUAAGAACACUUAGAGCCAUUCGUGUGCUACGGCCCUUAAAAUUAGUGUCUGGAAUUCCUAGUUUACAAGUAGUUUUAAAAUCUAUAAUCAAGGCGAUGGCACCUUUACUGCAAAUCGGUCUCUUGGUGUUGUUUGCAAUCGUAAUUUUUGCAAUCAUUGGACUCGAGUUUUAUUCGGGCGCACUGCAUAAGACUUGUUAUAGCUUAGAAGAUCCAAACAAACUAGUAAAGGAGGGCGAAUCAGAGACGCCUUGCAACACGGACAACAUCCUGGAAAAGGCCACCGGCUCCUUCGUAUGCAAUAACACCACGAGCAUGUGUCUGGAGAAGUGGGAGGGACCAAAUUCAGGUAUCACGAGUUUCGAUAAUAUCGGAUUUGCCAUGUUGACCGUAUUCCAAUGUAUCACGAUGGAGGGCUGGACGUCAAUACUGUAUUGGACCAACGACGCAUUAGGUUCAGGAUUUAAUUGGAUAUAUUUCGUGCCUCUUAUAGUUAUAGGCUCAUUUUUUAUGCUCAACUUAGUUCUUGGUGUCCUCAGUGGUGAAUUCGCAAAAGAACGAGAAAAAGUAGAAAAUAGACAAGAGUUUCUUAAACUUAGAAGGCAGCAGCAACUAGAAAGAGAGUUAAACGGCUAUGUUGAAUGGAUUUGUAAAGCUGAGGAGGUAAUCCUGGCCGAGGAGCGCACCACGGAAGAAGAGAAAAUGCACAUAAUGGAGGCUCGAAGACGAAACGCUGCCAAGCGGAAAAAGCUGAAAAGUUUGGGAAAAUCAAAAUCCACGGAUACGGAGGAAGAGGAAGCGGAGGAAGAUUAUGGAGACGAUGGUUACCUCAAAACGCGCUCGAAACCUCAAGGAAGUUGUACCGGAUUUUGGCGGGCGGAGAAGAGGUUUCGUUUCUGGAUCCGGCACACGGUGAAGACGCAGUGGUUCUACUGGUUCGUGAUCGUCCUCGUCUUUCUGAACACAGUCUGCGUUGCCGUCGAGCAUUAUGGCCAGCCCUCGUUCCUCACGGAGUUUCUGUACUAUGCUGAAUUCAUCUUCCUGGGACUCUUCAUGUCGGAGAUGUUCAUCAAGAUGUACGCGUUGGGGCCCCGCAUCUACUUUGAGUCGUCGUUCAACCGAUUUGAUUGCGUUGUCAUUAGUGGUUCGAUAUUCGAAGUGAUCUGGUCCGAGGUGAAAGGCGGUUCGUUUGGUCUGUCUGUGCUGCGUGCCCUGCGAUUGCUGCGCAUCUUCAAAGUCACCAAGUACUGGUCGUCGCUGCGCAAUCUAGUCAUCUCUCUGUUGAACUCGAUGAGAUCGAUCAUCUCAUUGUUGUUCCUGCUCUUCUUGUUCAUCCUCAUAUUCGCCUUACUGGGCAUGCAGUUGUUUGGCGGCCAGUUCAAUCUGCCCGGAGGCACGCCCGAAACCAAUUUUAACACUUUCCCGAUAGCACUGUUGACUGUAUUCCAAAUCCUCACUGGCGAAGAUUGGAACGAGGUUAUGUACCAGGGCAUCAUAUCUCAGGGUGGUGCGCAGAAAGGAAUGAUUUACUCUAUAUACUUUAUCGUUUUGGUACUCUUCGGAAAUUACACGCUAUUGAAUGUGUUCUUGGCUAUCGCCGUUGAUAAUUUGGCGAAUGCCCAAGAACUUACAGCAGCCGAAGAGGAACAAGUCGAAGAGGAUAAAGAGAAACAACUGCAGGAGCUCGAGAAGGAGAUGGAGGCCCUCCAGGCGGAUGGAGUCCAUGUGGAGAACGGCGAUAGUGCUGUCGCCCCCAGCAAGUCCAAGGGCAAGAAGAAGGAGGAGGAGAAGAAAGAGGAGGAGGAAGUGACCGAGGGUCCCAAGCCGAUGCUGCCCUACUCAUCGAUGUUCAUACUAUCACCAACCAAUCCCAUACGACGCGGCGCCCAUUGGGUGGUUAAUUUGCCAUAUUUUGAUUUCUUCAUUAUGGUUGUCAUCUCAAUGUCAUCAAUAGCAUUAGCAGCCGAAGAUCCCGUUCGUGAGAACUCGAGGCGAAACAAGAUAUUGAAUUAUUUCGAUUAUGCAUUUACCGGCGUAUUCACGAUAGAAAUGUUGCUGAAAAUUGUAGACUUGGGUGUGAUCCUGCACCCUGGCAGCUAUUUAAGAGAAUUCUGGAAUAUUAUGGAUGCUGUGGUCGUUAUAUGCGCUGCUGUUAGUUUCGGUUUCGAUAUGAGCGGUAGCAGCGCUGGACAAAAUUUAUCGACUAUUAAAUCGCUUCGGGUAUUGCGUGUACUACGCCCAUUGAAGACCAUUAAGCGUGUACCGAAAUUGAAAGCCGUGUUUGAUUGCGUCGUGAACUCAUUGAAAAAUGUUGUUAACAUUCUAAUCGUGUACAUAUUGUUUCAAUUUAUAUUUUCUGUUAUUGGAGUACAAUUGUUCAAUGGAAAAUUUUUUUAUUGUACGGACGAAAGUAAACAUACUUCCGCAGAGUGCCAGGGCUCGUACUUCAAGUACGAGGAGGACGAACUGCUGCCAAGACAGGAACUACGGGUGUGGAAGCCCCGGGCCUUUCACUACGACAAUGUUGCCGCUGCGAUGUUGACCCUGUUCGCCGUUCAGACCGGCGAGGGAUGGCCACAGGUCUUGCAACACUCUAUGGCUGCCACUUAUGAAGAUAGGGGUCCAAUCCAAAAUUUCCGGAUCGAAAUGUCCAUAUUUUAUAUUGUGUAUUUUAUUGUAUUUCCGUUCUUCUUCGUCAACAUAUUCGUCGCCUUGAUUAUUAUUACGUUUCAAGAGCAAGGCGAAGCUGAGUUACAAGAUGGCGAAAUUGACAAAAAUCAGAAAUCCUGCAUCGAUUUUACUAUAGGAGCACGACCUCUCGAACGCUAUAUGCCCAAGAAUCGGAACACCUUCAAGUAUAAAGUGUGGCGAAUUGUGGUGUCAACGCCUUUUGAGUACUUCAUUAUGAUGUUGAUCGUAUUCAAUACCCUAUUGCUGAUGAUGAAGUAUCACAAUCAAGGAGACAUGUACGAAAAGUCGCUGAAGUACAUCAACAUGGGAUUCACCGGAAUGUUUAGUGUAGAAACGGUGCUGAAGAUCAUUGGAUUCGGUGUUAAGAACUUCUUCAAGGACCCGUGGAACAUAUUCGAUUUAAUCACCGUUUUGGGCAGUAUUGUGGAUGCACUUUGGAUGGAAUUCGGGCACGAUGAUUCGAACUCAAUCAACGUCGGCUUCCUGCGUUUAUUUCGAGCGGCGCGACUUAUCAAAUUACUUCGUCAAGGAUACACGAUUCGAAUUCUUCUGUGGACAUUUGUGCAAUCCUUUAAGGCACUUCCCUAUGUCUGUUUGCUUAUAGCAAUGCUAUUUUUCAUAUACGCCAUUAUCGGCAUGCAGGUGUUCGGGAAUAUCAAACUAGGUACGGUGGAAAAUUCCAUUACUAGACACAACAACUUCCAAUCAUUUAUUGAAGGCGUCAUGUUGCUAUUCAGGUGUGCAACUGGCGAGGCCUGGCCCAACAUAAUGCUGGCAUGUUUGAAGGGCAAGGCCUGCGACGAUGACGCCGAGAAGGCACCUGGGGAGUACUGCGGAUCCACACUGGCCUACGCCUACUUCGUAUCGUUUAUAUUCUUCUGCUCCUUCCUGAUGCUCAAUCUGUUCGUCGCCGUCAUCAUGGAUAAUUUCGAUUAUCUCACCAGGGACUCCAGCAUAUUGGGUGCCCAUCACUUAGACGAAUUUGUGCGCAUAUGGGCGGAAUAUGAUCCAAAUGCGACUGGAAAAAUACACUACACGGAAAUGUACGACAUGCUGAAGAACAUGGAUCCACCGUUGGGUUUUGGCAACAAGUGUCCCAACCGACUGGCCUACAAGAAACUGAUUAGAAUGAAUAUGCCAUUGGACGAUGAAUUGAGAGUUCAGUUCACCACAACGUUAUUCGCUUUGAUUCGUGAGAAUCUCAGCAUCAAAAUGAGAGCGCCUGAGGAGAUGGACCAGGCGGACAUGGAACUGCGGGAGACCAUCACGAACAUCUGGCCAUUGCAGGCGAAGAAGAUGCUGAACCUGCUGGUGCCGCCCAGCGAUCAGCUCAACAAGGGCAAACUGUCAGUGGGUAAAAUCUAUGCAGGUUUCCUCAUCCUGGAGUCCUGGCGUAGCACGCGGUUCGGUCAACUCGAUUCGGGAAUGCCGCGGAAGAAGCUGGAGCACGACGAUGAGCAUAAAUAUAGCCCAACGGCAGUCGCGGAGCCGAAACAAUCAUUCUUUAACUGCCUUCUCGAUAUGGCCGCCCUUGACAAAGGAGGAUCGCGACAGGGCUCCAUAAGUUUCGAGCCGAAUGGGGAAGGAGCCGCCAACUCACAAACACAUUUGUUAGCCAGCACGCACCACCACCACGCAAACGGUGAUGCCGAACACAACAGUUUGGCAACACUAGCACGGCGGAGUACGAUCAGAAAGCGAUCAGUUAGAAACAAAAAGAUGCUGGAGCUGCAGGACGCGUCGAGACAUCCCUCGCAGGAGUCGCUUACCGGUGCCGAUGCUGGCCAUUUACAUCCUGGACAUUCGUAUAUGAAUGGCCAUCGGCGAUCGCCUAGCUUGAGGCACAACGGCUCUCCACUGGCCAGAUCUCCGAGUCCUCGACGGCGUGGCCAUCAAUACAUACAUCAUGAUAUCGGGUUCUCCGAUACCGUAUCUAAUGUUGUAGAGAUGGUCAAGGAGACUCGUCAUCCUAGGCAUGGCAACAGUCAUCCGCGGUAUCCAAGAGGUUCAUGGUCAGCAUCGACAAGUCCGGCCCGUUCGCCUUCGCCUUCUCGAUAUGGUGGUCAUUUGUCUCGCAGUAAACGCACUCAACUGCCUUAUCCCACAUAUGGGACAACCAGUCUAUGUCAAAGAUCACGAUCGCCGAGUCCCGCUAGACUUCAGGAGAUGCGUGAACGAGACAGACUUGGUUAUGGGAUUGAUAUGGGUGUAACGCAUGUACAGCAUAGUUACCCAACACUGGCCUCCCGAAGAGCCGGAAUCGGAAGACGCCUUCCUCCGACUCCCAGCAAACCGUCAACACUGCAGCUCAAGCCAACCAAUAUCAAUUUCCCGAAGCUGAAUGCCAGUCCCACACAUACACACCACUCAACGCCCCACAGUGUUCACUCGCUACCACACCACCGCGACCUGCUGCGAGAUCCAAGGGAUAUGUACUAUAGUAGUAGAGAACGCGAGCGGGAUCGCGAACGCCUUAGGGAUCGGGAUCGUGAUAGGGAUCGCGAUCGUCUGCACGAAUACGACCUGCGGUACGAGUACCGGGAUCGGGAACGGGAGUUGUACGAGCGCGAAAGAGAUCGCGAGCGGGAGGUCGAAAGAGAAAGACUGGAAUAUAUAGCACCGCUGUCGUUUGAACAAGCGCUGGCUAUGGGCCGAACAGGUCGUGUACUGCCAUCUCCAGUUCUAAACGGUUUUAAGCCAAAGAGUGGUCUGAACCCUCGACACUCCGAUUCGGAUGAGGAGGAUUGGUGCUAGCAAAGGCUUUGAUUGCGAUCGCGUAAUCGAAAGGAUCAGAUCUGGGUAUAGCAUCAGGCCAUUUGCUCCUCUUUGUCAGCACCAAACUUAGAUCACAAUUUUGAUACGAUACGACACAGCUACCAGAUACCCGAACAUCUGCAAACCCUUCCAUACCUUUGUCCACCAGUACACCAACACCAACACCAAACCCAAAACCAACGACAACACCAAGAGCAGCACCUAUAUCAAAGGUAUGGCACGAACGUAUCGACACCGAAACUAGGAACAACUAUAUCUGAUAUCAAAUUGGCUGGAGUUAGCUUACAGGAAUUAAACCCGAAUCGACAACCGCAAUCGCAACAGAAGCAGGAGCAACAACUGCAUCAGGAUGGGUGGCUUAGAUGGUACCGGCAAUCGGGUCCAUACGGAUCCCCAGUUAUGGCAUCAUUGCCGGAGACCAGAGCAACAUCGCCCCACUCCGAUAUCGAAUUCAUCAGAACUAUGAAGAGAAGUGAAACCGGAACAACUGCAAUAACACCAAGGACAACUAAAACUGAAGCAAUGAUAUUAAGCGUACCAAUUACAAUAACGUCCCCAUUAGCUAUUAAAAAGAUAUAUUCAGAUAAUGACAUUAAUUAUAAUACCGAACGAGCAACUGAUAAUGACAGAAUGGACGAAGCACCAGCUCAUCAUUAUCACCAGCCAGAACUAACUACACCAGAUCUACAACACGAGCCACCACUGCAGCAGCAUCACCAGCACUAUCCGCAGUAUUCGUAUCAUACGCUGUAAGGAGGAUAGGAUCAAGAACGAGCAUCCAUUAUGCAGACGCCACAAUCCAUAGUUCAUAGUCCAGAAACUAGUAGCCAGAGUCUAGAAACUAGAAACUGGAAACCAGAAACCAGAUCCACUAAAAGUGCAACUUUAAUUGAAAUUCAAACUGAAACUGAAACGAGGUGUAAAGAAUGUGAGAGUGAUUCUAUUCCACGCAAUUGGAUUGGGAGUGGACGUGGGGAGAUUGUAAACAGAUUAGAGCUACUAUUUGCUUAGAAAUAGGAGUAGACAAUUUAAUUUUAGAUAUGAAUAUGAUCAAGUGUAUUGUACUUUUUUUUUAAUGUAAGGGCAAGUCUAGACGAAGAGCACAUCAAAAUGAAGCUAACGAUAACAGAACUCUUUCAAGCAGAACACACACAUAGAUCUAGGUCGAAAAUAUACAUAGGAAAUAAAGAUUGUAGGUACUCGCAUACAUUGUAAGUUAUCUAGGAUUUAGCUCGAGCAAUCGGUACGGUAAUCUGCAAGCGUUUUUGACUUGUUUGUAUUAAAAGUUAGUACUUCAAUUAUGUGUAUUUAAAGGCGACAUUUAUUUAUUUACUCAAUGUACAUACCAGAUAAUUGUAGAUAUGAAAUUUUUAUUUAUUUUCUUCUUUUUUAUGUAACAUAUUUACCUACGACUACUAUUAUAAAUACUUUCAUCGGAACGAAUCCCUAUAGCGAAUAUUAGCAACAAUUCAGCGCAAUUUAGUCCCCCACUGUUUUUUACAUUCAGUUGUGUAUUUAUACUCGAGCGGAUACUUUUUUCCCACGAUUAGUAGAAGUCCACGCAACAUGGCAAGUCCAGCAUAUUGCAUCCAAAUCCAAGUCCAAAACUAGAUCCAAAUAACUCAAUUAUGACCAAAGCAUGUAUCUGUAAAGUAAGCAUCAUUCAGUGCCAUUUGUGUAUACAGACUCUAGCUAACUUACAAUAGCUUAUUUAUCAUACAUAUAUUUGCCUUAGCGAAUGAAACGUUGUUUUCAUAGUUACUCUGUAAUCUGUAAUCGAAGAGAGGUUUAUGCUUCUGUUAAUGCGUUUCGUAUGCUGAAAUAAGCUCCUCGCAAACUUUCCGAUCAGUUGAAAGAACUCGAUGUCCAUAUGUAUUUAUAAAUGACAAGCAAACAAGGCAUUAUUCUCACAAUCGAGCAUCCUCGACGUAAACAAAAACAUGUGUAGAUAUAAUAUAUACACCUCCGACUCCUCACACUCGAAUUGAAUGUGUAUAAUGUGUAAAAAUGCAGAGCUCAUGGCACACCAAACGUAAUGUAUUCAAAUAUACUAUAGCCAUGCACACAGCCCCUCCAACUCACUACCAGAAAAUGCAGUCAUCAUGUGUAUAGAUAGACGAAUCGUACAUGUUGGACGACGGGAUAUCGAAGAGCGCACAAUAAUUGUAAUUUAAAGAAAAGAAUCCAUAACUUAAGUAAAUAAUUAUAGCAGCUGAGCAGUAAUGCGAAUUUACACAGCAAAUGAACUUACCAUUACGAAUAUGACGAUGACUAGCGUAGAGUGCAUACGGAAGUUAAAGGAAAAAACUAAAACAAAAACAUUUAGCAAACAGAAACACUUGCCCUAAACUAACUUAACUGAGCUGACUCUAGCUGUGUACGAUACUUAAAUAUUAACUGAGCAAUACUGAAUAGGGAAAACGACUAACCUAGAAACGAUUAACCCAAAUAUACACUCAAAAAAGGUCAAGAUCGCCAUUUAACUUAGAAACUCGCCAUUUUAUAAUGUCCUUUGGCUGUGAGCCGUAAGUUUUAAAAAUCUCCGAAAAUUUCCGAAGUUCCAAAACGCAUUUUUCAGUUACUAUUUUAUCCUUAAUUUGGAGGUUUCGUUCGCUAUUAGUUUGUAAUAGCAAAAAUCAUUGUGUGAAUACGAUUUUUUACUUGUUGAUUUAAUUUUGAAAAAUAAUUGUUCGUAAACACUUCCUGCACGUUGUGAAGUUUUUGAAAACCUUGAAUUUUUGAUUUGAUGGCGAUUUUCUAAAAUCUAGACAAAGAGAAUGGAGUGGAGUGUGAGAAAGGUAACCGACAAGCGUAUUCUUCUAUAAUUAUCUUAAUUACGGAUGCUGACAAAGAAAUACAUUGAAGAUAUAUAUACACGCCUACAUAGAUAAAUAUACAAUAGUUUAUAACUAGUAUCAAAUAAAAUGGGAACUCCAACGCUAAGGAAAAAACAUAGAACAAAGAUCGCCGAUAUAAAAGUUCACUCUCCAAUGAAUUAAUUAAUCAAUUAAUUAAUUGUAUACACGUUGCACGUUGUAUUUCCGAGGUUCACUUUUGACUACUUCCAGUAAAAGUUUGUCCACGCGGCAAAUGUUUCAAGUCCUCAGUCCUAGGCUAAGAUCCGAUUUUUUACCUUCAUUUUGCACCGCUUGCUUAACAUUAACAUUCGAAUUAUAACUAGCGAUAUCCCCACACAACAGUAGAGUUCUUGGAAGGGCAGCUUAGGGCUCAUUAGCUCAAUUACUACUACUGAAUCAUUGCCCCGAUGCCAAAACUAAACAAAAUAUAGAUAAAUAAUAAAAAACACCAAAGAAAAUAAAUAAAAAAAAAAUACGAGAAAAAACAAAACCGAAAAACAAAAAAAAAAAAAAAAAUAGAAAUGAGUACAAAGUAUGAAGUUAGUUUACUGAUGUGCAUUUCAGUAUCAGACGUUUAUCCAGUUCAUGAUGCCUAUAGAGGAAAUAUUUAGUUAGCUAAAAUAUUGGCAUACUCGAUUCCAUUCGAUUCGCUUCUAAUGCUCACAACCUUCGCUUCGUCCUUCGUAAAAGGCUCCCAGCUGGCCGACCGCGAACUCUGCCCAACAUGAUGUACUCCUACUUGUAUGGUUAGGUGCCAAGUGCAGGGAUCCGAUAUGAACAUCACUUUCCGGGGAAGAACAAUUCGGGCACCACGUCCCGCCAUUUACUACAAAAUUAAAACAAAAAUAUAUAUUGUUACACAAUGCUGCGAUCGAUUGUUCUUCCAGCUCCAGAUCCUUGCAUGGAGAUGCCAUGGAAAGCAUUGCCCGAUCCAGAUUCAGAUCCAGAUCCAGAGUCAUUAUAUUCUCAAUCUGGUUACUUAUG